AUGGCGCCAUCGCUCAAGAUAUCAGCUGGUCCCUCGAUUGAAGCCCUUACCACCGUCGCUGUGAACCACGAUGAGCGACCCAUCGAAAUCAACACGGAUCUCUUCCAAGGACGUAUCGCCGUUCGCAUCAAAAACUUUACCGGAUCCGAUCCGCAUGGCGUCGAGCAUCGCAACGACUCAGCGUACUUCUCUGCUAAUCAUGGUAAGAACCAGAGUUGGAGUAUGCAGAUUCAAGGUCGAUUCAAGUCGGCCGUCAACGCCGAUGACCUCGUCUUUGGUAACGAAUUCGAUCAACCCAUCAAGGAUCAUCUACCGUAUGGAACGAGUGUAGCGUUGCAAUUUGUCAAGCUGAUCGAUCCAAACUUGGAGCAUGACCUUUAUGCGCAAAAACCGCAUGCUUGGUCGCCUUACUUGGCGACCAUGCCCCGCAUCAACUCGAUCAAGCUGGAGCAAGAACCGGAAUUGGUGGACAAGUGGCCAGCAUUCCCUUCGCAUCCAGAUUACGUCCAAGAGGAUAUCACCAGCUUGAUCCCUCCGGCCAUGGCCGAAAAACAAAAAGACACUGUAGCCAACUUCAAAGGAAUCGACAAAGCGCACGAAUAUCGUCAACGUUUCCUAGGCAACCGUGCUCAUAGACAAGAUAUAACGCUUGACCAACAACAACUGAUCACUGCCGAUUUCUUCAACGGCUUCCUCGACUUUAACGACCUCACCUUGCAUAUUCCCUUCUCCGGAGGACUGAAGUUUGAUCUGAAAAAAUACUGGGACGGUCAACCGGUGAGGUACAUCUGCAAGGAUAGGAAGCAGGACAAGGUCUUCUUUGUGAUCCAGUUUGACAUUGUUGAUCUCAACCAGUAA